AUGCUUGCGAUGUUGCUGUUUUUGGUUAAUUCAUCAUGGGCAUAUAAGGGCAAACGAGGUCUGAGGAUUGGUGUAUGGAAGUGUGGUGAGAAGUUUAUGCCUGUCGACAAAGUCUGUCUUGUGUGUGACAAACCUCGCAAGGAUAGGAACUUGGUUGGGAUAAAGAAAGGAGGCACCGGUUUUGCUGAGCACGAUGAUAAUCUGGAGGCUAAGGAGUACAAGCAUUUGGGUAGUGGCUCUGAUUUAGGGCUUGUGAGGCCGGUUAAGACAUGA